CCAUCCUUUACUUCGACUGUUUAGUGUUUACAACAACACUACUCUGACUGACAAGAUGGCUGCACAAGUUUACACGUCGUGGUCGUUUUAAUUGAGUCUACUUUUGCCCACUUACUCCCGAUAUAAAACAAGAUUAUCAUGUCUGAGUCGGGGACCACUUCUGGAGAUCAAUGCUCAAGGAUGAAUGUAAGAGGCUCAAGAGCGACCAGCCGAAAUGCCUCAUUACAGAGUAGCAGAGAAGAUUUGUCAAAUAAUUCUGUCCUGUCCUCAGGACUGAAACAAACAGAUUGCAGUGCAAGUAGCAAGGCAGAAGAUUCUCCAGUUGACAAAGGAGAAAAUAGCAGUACUGUGAUAGAAUGUGCUGUAUGCCUCCAAACAUGCAUUCAUCCAGUGAAGCUGCCUUGUUCACAUAUCUUCUGCUAUCUUUGCGUGAAAGGCGUGGCUUUCCAGUCGAAAAGAUGCGCCAUGUGUCGACAAGAAAUUCCCAGCGAUUUCCUUAUUCACCCACAAUUACUUGACCGGACUCAGCUGGAAAAAGAAUCCACUUUAGAAGAUGGAUACCAAUGGUUUUAUGAAGGGAGAAACGGUUGGUGGGCGUAUGACGAACGAACCAGUUUCGAGAUGGAAUGUGCCUAUAAGCGUUCUCAGCGUAUUUGCGAGUUGCUGAUUGCUGGAUUUCUUUACACGAUCGAUUUCGAUCAGAUGUUUCAAUCCAGGAAGACGGAGCCUUCGCGACGUCGACGCAUUAAACGCGAUCUUGCCUCAAUACCAAAGAAAGGAGUUGCUGGGUUGCGGCUGGAACAGAGUGACGAAACUGAAAAUGGUCAAGCUGCUUCUUUAGAUCUUCUUUCAGUGGCUGCCAGCAGAGCAGCUCUCACUUCCAACUGUUUAUCUCCUAGCCAAACACCCCAAGCUCCUUCCAACACUCCUCAAACACCUCAGACCCCUCAAACGCCGCGUAGUCCUCCGUCUCCAGCUCCGGAAACGAUUUCUAAUCAAGACUCUGUAGCUCAAACAUUGCCCAGUGAAUCUCGUUGGCAGGAGCGGGAAAGACGUCGUCUCCGACGAGCUGUUGAAGAAAUCGAACGUCUAAGACUCCAUGACGGAGAUAGGUUCACUCCACCGCUCUCCAGAUUAGAUAACAUGGUCAUCUAUUAUAAUAUGGAUGAAGAAACUAGCGUUAUACACGACGAUACUCACGACGACUUGUGGCCAAGUGAAGACAGCUCUUCUGAUGACGAAGAAGGAGAGGUGAUCAUUAGUUAGUAUCGUAAAUCUGUCUUACUCUUUUCAGAAUUACCUUGAAAUUGUAAUUGAAUCAAGAAGAUCUUUCUGCCUUAUUCAUUCUUGGGUCAUGGCGACCGAGAAAAUGUAAUCCCCUCAACCUCCAACUCGUGUGUUGUAUUUUAGAUUGGAUUUUGAUUAGAUUAGAGAGUGAAAACUCUUGAUUCUCUAUUUGAUUUCCAUUCGCAAAUAUAUUGUAGAGUGGACUACAUUUUUGAAAUAAAUUUUUUGCCUCAUAA